AUGGGUUCAGUUGCGCUUCCUUAUAUGCAGACCAAGCCUAAGGUCAUCUUUUUCACCGAUUUCGAUGGCACAAUCACAGUGGACGACAGCAAUGACUAUAUGAUCGACAACCUGGGGUUCGGUGGUGACCGCCGUCGUGUGUUGAACAAGCAGGUUCUUGAGGAGACUCUGGGUUUCCGCGACGCUUUCCGCGAGAUGCUCGACAGCAUUAAGACUCCCUACAACGAGUGCAUCGAGACCCUCCUAGGCAGAAUGAAGCUGGAUCCAUACUUUGAGGAGUUUUACCACUGGGCUAAGGAAAACAAUGUCCCCAUUGUUAUCUUGUCCUCUGGUAUGCGCCCUAUUAUUAGUGCCCUUCUGGAGAAGUUCUUGGGCCACAAGCCUGGUAGCCACCUGACCAUCAUCUCCAACGAGGCCAUCCCCCGCGAUGGCAAGGAUAUCAACAGUGAGGGUGGCUGGCAGAUCCAGUACCACGAUGAGAGUCACUUUGGCCAUGACAAGUCUCUCGAGAUCAAGCCUUAUGCGGCUCUGCCCGAUGGAGAGCGUCCAGUUCUUCUGUACGCUGGUGAUGGUGUAUCUGACCUAUCGGCUGCUGCUGAGACCGACCUUCUGUUUGCUAAGGAAGGCAAAGACCUGGUGACUUUCUGUGAGCGCCGAGGAAUGCCAUACACAACCUUCCAGAACUGGUCUUCAAUUCUGGAAACCACUAAGGAUAUCCUUGCUGGAAAGGUUUCUCCUAGUGAUGUGGCCAAGCAGACCAAGUCAGCGUAA